GGAAUCUCGUUAUCAUGUCAAUCACCCCAAUGCAUUGACCGACAUGGACAGUUCAGAAAUGACCAUCAUGAAUGGGACCACUUGUCCCCUUACUCCCCACGCCGUCGUGGACGCUGGUCAGGUGUACCAACCCGUCAGUGACUCGCUGCGUCACAGUAUCGAGAUAUUUUAUUCUGUGUUCUUCACCUGUGUGAUAGGCGUACUUGGCUCUGCCGCGAAUAUUAUCAACAUCGUCGUAUUCGUCAAACAGGUGAGAAUGGAAUUGAUCGGUACUUUAACUGCGUCUCUUUGGUCGGUAUUUCUCUUAAGGGUUUUACCCAAGUGUUGCUUAGAUAUUUAAUUAAAGUUUUUAAAAAGUAAUUUAAAAAAUAAUACUAGUUUAAAAAAAAAAAACUAUUCAAGAGCACAUUGGAUCUAAUCGAUAAUCACGCAGGUCAAUAAAAUCAACCUCCAAUACUUCGAGCUUUACCUAUUGAUACGAUUACUAUUUGAAAAUAAUAAAAUGGUGUUUUUUUUAUCCUUAACUGCUUUUUACAGAUUCGGCCUAUCUUAUAACUUAUUUUAAAUACUUGUUUUUAAAAAGUUGUUUUUUUUAAUUCGAUUGAAAUUUUUGAGACCAAAAUAAAUCAUUGUAGAGCGUACCACUCGUACAAAGUAUCGAUACAUUUCAAAACGCUUAGUAUUUUAAGUAAAACAGUUAAUUUUUCUUUUCAGUUAAAUGGUCCAGUUAUUUCAAAAUUUUGCUUUUCGUGCAGGGAUUUAGUGAUGCAAUGAACAUCAGCUUCCUGGGGCUGGCCAUCGCUGACCUGUGCAGUGUCGUGACCCUGGUGUGGGAGGGCAUUUGUUACAACCCCAUGUUUUUCAACUCUGACCUCCCGUUCGUGACCAGCGACCUGCUCUACUACACUGCAGGUUCGGACGUUUGGACGAUAUGUCGUCAUUUUAAUUAAGAAAGUUCCAUUCUGAACGUCAACGAUGUAUAUUUAUAAAUAUUAUAUAAAUAAAAAGUUGACAAGUAGUAUGGUUGGCUUGGAUUUGAGGUUGGGUGAAUAAAUAUAUUUGUUGAUUUAAAUAUGAAGUGCACUGAAGUGAGUUAGUUUAAUUUGUUAUUAUUGUUUUCAAUUGUUUAGGAAAGCUAAUAUUUACAUUUUAUAACAGGUCAUAUAAAAAAAAAAACAUAUUUUAUUAUGAAUUUGUUAUCACACAGCUCUCGUGAUCUUCUCUUACAUUUAGUUUCAUAUACC